AUGCUGGUCACUAGUUUGGAGUGCAGUGGCACAUUAAAAAGAAACAAUUCAGUAAUAGAAACGAGCAGUUGCUUUGCCGUGGUGGAGUCCUUGGUCGUUGUACCGAAACCCUGCAGCUGUGAAGGAAAGCCCGACUGCUCCUGCAGAGAACUGGUCUUUUUCGGCAAGCAGCUGCAGCGACUAACCAGACAGCCAACUAUCCAGGACACACAGAUCAACACAAACAUCGCAAAAUUCCUUGUAAAAGUUGGUCAUGGCCCUAGCGAGCCAAAAGACAGAGGAGAUUCACACGCUAAAAAGUUAAAAAGCGAGAGAGACUCUACCGCUGUCCGCAGUGAUGCACAGAUUAUAUAUUCCUGCUCAUCUGAUACUGAAGCUACAGAUGAUGAUCCUGUGGCUGGACGUGCGUCUGCUGGACCAUCAAAUAAUAGAGGACAAAGUGUAGGCCUUAAAACGCAGCGAAAGGCUACUGCUGUUUCAUCUAAUGACGAGACUACAGAACAAGACAGAGACUUUAACACCACCCACAAGGAUGUAGAGAUUAAACAUCCCUACUCAUCUGAUACUGAAGCAACAGAUGAAGAGAAUAUGGCUGGACCGUCAGAUAUCAGAGGAGGAAGUUCAGACCAUAAAAUGGUUAUUAUGAAAGAAAACACCAUCUGUAGUGAUGGCAACACAGAUUCCUACUCAUCUGAUGAAGAUGAAGAGCCUAUGGCCAGUCAUCUGUCAGCUGGAAUAGCUGAGAGCAGAGGAGGAGAUCCGGACCAUGAAAUGCACCAAGGAGCGACCAACUCUGCUUCAUCUGAUGAUGAAACUACAGAAGAAGAUCCAACAGAGCAGUGA